CAGGUAAGCUACAGGUGACCUAGAAAAUGAAGGAGGUACAAGACAGAAUGGAGGAGGAAGUAGUGCCCUAAGAACCAUGCAGCUUUCCAAUUUCAUCAGGACACCAGAUGAGACUUUUGACUAUUUGUUCAAGAUCAUCCUCAUUGGGGACUCAAAUGUGGGAAAGACAUGUGUGGUGCAACACUUUAAAUCUGGACUUUAUACAGACUCACAGCAAAACACAAUUGGUGUGGACUUCACUGUACGCUCUCUUGAGGUGGAUGGGAAAAAAGUGAAGAUGCAGAUAUGGGACACUGCUGGUCAAGAGCGAUUUCGGACAAUUACUCAGAGUUACUAUAGAAGUGCAAAUGCUGCCAUCAUUGCCUAUGACCUGACAAGACGAUCUACAUUUGAAUCUGUUCCUCACUGGAUCCAUGAAAUAGAAAAAUAUGGGGCAGCGAACUUGGUCAUAAUGCUUAUUGGAAACAAGGCUGACCUGUGCGAUAAGCGUCAUGUUCUUUUUGAAGAUGCUUGCACUCUUGCAGAGAAACAUGGCCUUCUCGCAGUUUUGGAGACUUCUGCUAAAGAGUCCAAGAAUAUCGAUGAAGUGUUCAUGCUAAUGGCGAAGGAAUUAAUUGCCAGGAAUGACCUGAACUUUUAUGGGGAGGGUCCACAGAACAAUCUCCUCUUGGAUUCUAGUCCUAUUCUCAUAGCUUCAAGUCCAAGUUCAAAAAACCAUUGCCAUUGUUAAAAGGGGAUGGAACAAAGGGAGAGGUUGAGUGUGCUGUUGGAGAGGCAAUCUCUGAAACCCAAAUUAAUUAGAAAUCUAGUUAUCCAGUGUAUUAGGCUUUUAGAUAUUGGAGUGGAUAUUCUGUAAUCUCUUUCAAUUGCUCAGACUUCUUUCCAGUGUGUAUGGCACUACUUUUGUCCUCCUGUAUCAACAAAAAGAAAGAAACCUUUUGAGGUCAUAUCCAGUAAUUGAAGGAAAUUCAAUUUAACACAAGUAUUUAUUACACAUUUACUAUGUUCGAACCAUAGGGCUAGGUGCUGAGAAUAUGAAGACAAAAAUGAAAUAGGUUCUGCCUUCAAGAUGCCUUACAUUCUAUCAAAAAAGGCUUUUAAAGGCAGGAUUGAAGAGUAGUUUUGAAGGUAAUUAAGGAUUCUAAGGGCCAAAAGUAAGAAGGCAAAUCACCUCUUUCCAAGAAACAAGUCACCUUUUUUCCUUAGUCUUUCUAUUAAAAUGAGGUUUAGAGUUGGGAAACAAGAAAGAUGGAUAGGGAUUCCAUUUCCUGAUACCCUGUAUCUGGCUUUUGGCCACAAUGAUUUCCUUCAGUGUUGAAGAAAAGGAAGGACAUAUAGGUUGGAGGAAAAUAGAACAGAAUAUCAAGAAAAAGGAAGGGAUGGAAAGCAUACUUUAGACUGGUUUGUAUCUACAUGCAAUUUGGGUUUACGAUGGUUGUUUUGUUUGGUUUUUUUAUUUUAGAGGAGAGUGGGGAAUUUGUGUAUAGUGAAAUUAAAAACAUUAAACAGCACAAACUUGUUUCACAUUUAUUCUCCCUACACCUACCUAACUCAAGAAAUGACAAGAUAUAAGUACCUGCCUUUGGAAUUAAAACUCUUCUGAGUAUAUUUUAUUAGUUUCAUUUUAUUGGACAUUUUCCUGUUUAUAUCAAUGCAGUCAUUGUUUCCCUGAUCUCCUUCUUUUUAUAGGUUUUCUCAUAAUUUUUCAUAGUCCUCUUAUGGACCAGUAAUAUUCCACUACAAUGAUAUUGUGAUACAAGACUAGCCAUGCUCCGAUUAAUAUGCACCUACCAUAUUUCCAGUUUUUUUUGCUCCUAUAAAAAGUGCUACUUUGAAUAUUUUAGUUUCUUUCUGUCUUUGAGCUCUUUGGGGCUGACAUAUUCCCAGCAAUGGGAUCUUUGAUCCAAGUAUAAAC